AUGAGAGGAGUGGCCUGGAACUGUAGAGGGUUGGGGCAGACCUCUACAGUUCGCGAACUGAAGUCCCUGGUGCGGUCGUGCUCCCCUGACUUCGUCUUCCUUUCGAAGCUCAAGGUGGACACGUCUCCUUUGGUACGUAUUUUUAAUUCUUUAAUUUUUAUUUGUGUUUCCUUCUGCUGGCACUGCGGGGGUAUCAUCCUUGCUUGGAGAAUGGGGUUUGAUUUUGAAACUAUUUCUAUCUCCAAAAAUCAUAUUACGGGGUUAGUUUAUUCGGAUCCUUGUUCCCAUCCGUGGCUUCUUUCGUGUGUGUAUGGACCUCCAUAUUUUUAUGCAAAAAAGAAAUUCUGGUCUGAGAUUAUUGGUUUGGGAGAUCGGUUUGGAGGUCCUUGGUUAAUUUUGGGUGACAUGAACUUUAUUCUUCAAGAAAUUGAAAGAGAAGGCUCAAAAGGGAGAGACCAAUUUAUUCCUGUCAUUGAUGGGCUGGUUAAUUCUCGGGGUCUUAUCAACCUCCCGAUUCAGGGUGACAAUCUCACUUGGGACAACCAUCGUUCGGGGAGGAAUCAUGUUAAAUCGGCCCUGGACAAGGCGUUAGCUAACCAGGACUGGAUCAAUUUGUUCCCUAGAGCAACUAUCUACUCGUUCCAAACCUGCAACUCUGACCACCGUCCCCUGUGCUUAUACUCUUGUGGUUUGGCUGAUAAAUUCAAAAGGAGUUUCAAGUUUGAAGAAGGCUGGACGAGAGAUGAUUGGAGCAAGAUGGUUGUCGACCAUGCUUGGAAGUCGAUCUUGCACUUGUGGCCUCCUGCUAGAAUUUUUAAGAAAAUCGGUGCGACGAGGGUUGCUCUAUCUAAUUGGAAUAGAGCUCAAUUUGGGAAUAUUGACAGUACCAUAUCAGAUUUAGAGAAAAAGCUUGAUGCUUUGCAAAAGAUCCCUGCCGGUUCGAGAGACUGGAGGGAGGAGCAGGACGUCCGGCGCUCCCUGAAUGUCUACUGGGAGAAGAAAGAAGGGAGGAGGAAUGCGAUUGAAAGUAUCUUAAGCAAGGAUAAUAUCUGGUUAACUAGGAGAGACUUGAUUGGGCAAGAGUUCUUGAAUUUCUUUGGUGAGAUCUUUGCUGGGUCAAGUAUCAGACGGGACAUUAACUGCAAUAAUCUCAUUCGUGAAAGAAUCUCGUCUUUAGAAAGUGAGGAAUUAUUAAGGAUACCAUCGCAUGACGAUAUUCGAAAGACGUUAUUCAGUAUGGGGAGCGGUAAGGCCCUUGGCCCUGAUGCUAAUAAAAUCAAGCCUAUCCUUCCUAGAUUGAUCUGCCCAACUCAAGCGGCGUUUGUGCCUGGCAGAAGCAUCCAGGAUAACAAUGUUAUUGUUCAAGAAAUCAUCCACACCUUUAACCGCAAGAAGGGCAAAGAAGGCUUGUUCGCUAUUAAAAUUGACCUGAUGAAAGCUUAUGAUAUGCUGAGUUGGCAGUUCAUUAGACAUGUGCUUGAGUGCUAUGAUAUCCCAACACGUUUCUGCAACUGGGUGGACCAAUGUAUUACUACCACUACCCUCAAUGUUUGUCUUAAUGGGGGUCAAGUUGGGAAGAUUAAGCCCUCGUGUGGCUUGCGCCAGGGUGACCCACUCUCUCCUUAUCUUUUCAUUUGGGCGGCUGAAUUGCUCUCCUGUGUGUUGAAUGAGGCAUUGGGGAAGGGAGUUAUCAAAGGAAUCAGGCUGAGCCAAAAAGGGCUAAUGUGUAAGAAGCCAGGGGAGUGUGGAAUUGUCUGGAAGAAUUCUGUUCGUGGUCAGGUCCAAACUGACAUUAAGUUAAACCUGGGUAUUGGUGACAUUGUUACUAAUACAAAGUACCUAGGCCUUCCCCUCUUUAGGUCCAGACAAAAGGAUGCAGAUUAUAAUUUUAUAUUGGAUAACCUGACUUCGAAGCUGCAAGGCUCGAAAGCUAAAUCCCUCUCAAAAGCUGGUCAGGCAACUCUUAUUAAAUCUGUGGGUCUAGCCAUGCCGUGUUAUGCCAUGCAAACCACAAAACUAUCGAAUCGUCUCAUGCACAAAAUAGACGGUAUGGUUCGUGAAUUCUGGUGGGGUUUCGAGAAAGGUAACCAUGGCUUGCAUCUUAAGGCUUGGGACAAAUUGUGCCUUCCCAAAUCUCGUGGGGGGAUGGGAUUUCAGAAAACUAAGGAAAUGAACCUAGCGUUUCUGACUAAGUGGGGGUGGAAUCUAUUAAAUGGUGGUCAGUCCCUCUGCUGUAAGAUAUUGGAAGCUAAGUAUCUUAGAGGGAAAGAUUUCUUAUCUUGCAGGUAUAAAGACACUGACUCUUAG